AAAGUCGAUAUUUUUUUAAUGGCACACACGUUGAUUUCAAAAACCAUUCAUAUACAUACUUGUACUAUAUGGCAAUACUUGAUUCCUAGAUUUUGUGCGAGAGGAACGACGCUUCGAUUACGAUGCACCGGAACGCUGGCCACUUAGCUUUCCAAUGUGUGGCGGUGCCGAACAAUCGCCUAUAGCCAUCAGUGCUCACAAGGUGCUGCCCAUAGGAUUGCUGCCGCUGGAACUGGGGCUUUACGAUGAGCCCUUCGACGAGCUCUUAGACGUGCGCAAUAACGGACACACCGUGGAGUUCAGAGUGCCAGCUACAAUCUUUGGCGAACGACCCUAUGUCACGGGCGGCCUACUGCGCGACUUCUACGAAGCUCAUAGCGUCCACUUUCACUGGGGCUCCGAGCAUUUGCUGAAUGGCCGGCGUUACGACUUAGAGAUGCACAUCGUGCAUCGCAACACUAGAUAUCUGAGCGAUGAAGAGGCUCGAAAUCGAACCGAUGGUAUGGCUGUUCUGGCUGUGCUCUUUAAAGUGGUGCGGACGGGCUACAGCAUUUAUCAGCCAGGACUUAGUGAGAUAUUUGACUCGCUGCUGCAGGUGGCAGAGUUUAACAGCAGCUAUACUCCACCCGCAUUGCUCACCCUGGGGUCGCUGCUGGGUGAGCUGGAUCGAGGCAACUUCUACGCGUACAAGGGCUCUCUUACAACGCCACCUUGCUCCCCCUCGGUUUUGUGGCAUGUCUUUGCCGAGGUGCUGCCUAUCUCACACACAGACUUACUCAAGUUCCGGCAGAUACAUGAUCGACGCGGACGUCCGCUUCUGAAAAAUUUUCGACCGCUGCAGUGGCUGGAAUCACGACAGGUGUUCCAUCGCCAUCCCUUUGACGGCUACUAUUUAACGUAACCAAAAAAAUAUGUCUAGUUAGUUAUACUUGUAUGUAGUUUACAAUAGCGAAAUUUAUUUCUGCUGUACU